CCAGUUUUUACUAAACAUUCUUUGAAACCAGACAAAGACAAAAGAAAAAGCUUCCUCAAGACACACUUCACACCCACCACCAUUAUCCUCAUUCAAUUCUCCUUACAUUCACAUCUCUUUCUAUUUGCUUCAACCUCCUUUUCUUUGUCCUUCAUAAAAACUCUAUGAUUUUUCAUUCCCUUCUUUCCUUAAAAAACGUGAAAAAGUUGGCACAAAAACAAAAAAACCCGUCCCUUCUUGUUCUUCUUCUGCUAGUGUUCCCUCUGUUCUCUGUUGCUCUUUUUGGUCUUUGAGUUCUUCUCCUUCAGAAAUUUUGAGUUCAACUUCAAAGUAAACCACUAUGAGGAAGCAUGGAUGGCAGUUACCUUACCACCCUCUUCAGGUGGUGGCUUGUGCUGUGUUUUUAUCUCUGGGCUUUGCCUUCUACGUGUUCUUCGCUCCUUUUGUUGGAAAUAAGACGUGUCAGUAUAUUGUUAUUGGCCUUUACUCACCGCUGAUUAUUAGUGUCUUCGGACUGUACAUUUGGUGUGCAGCAUCAGAUCCAGCAGAUCCAGGGGUUUUUAAGUCGAAAAAGUAUCUAAAAAUCCCAGAAAGUAAAAAGCUUGCUAAAGUAAAGAGUUCUAAAUUAGGUGAAGAAUCAACUUCGUCAAUGCAUGAAGUAUAUGCAUCAGCAGCUGGAGCUAAUUAUGUGGAAAAGGAGGGAUUGGGAACAAAAGGAGUUUCAAAAAAUGCUUCGAAUUCAGUGGAGAAGAGUACAUCAUCAUGUUCAUCCUGUGUACUCUUGGUUUCUUCCCCUUGUGCUUAUAUCUGCAGCUGCUCAAGUUUAACUGAUAAAUCUUCAGAUAAACAAAUAAGUGAAGAUGGUAUGUUCUACUGCAGUUUGUGUGAAGUUGAGGUUUUCAAGUACAGCAAGCACUGUAGAGUUUGUGACAAGUGUGUAGAUCACUUUGAUCAUCAUUGCCGAUGGCUUAACAACUGUAUAGGGAAAAAAAACUACUGCCAAUUUUUUGCGCUCAUGGUUGCUGCUAUGCUCUUGUUUAUUCUUCAAUGGUUGACUGGGAUACUAGUGCUUAUCUUCUGUUUUGUCAAGAGGAAGCAAUUUUCUGUGGAUAUAUCCUCCAAGUUGGGAACCAGUUUCUCUCUGGUUCCUUUUGUUGUUGUGGUGUCCAUCUGCACAAUUCUUGCAAUGAUUGCUACCUUACCAGUUGUUCAGCUUUUCUUCUUUCAUAUCCUCCUCAUUAAAAAGGGACUCAGCACGUAUGAUUACAUCAUAGCUAUGAGGGAGCAGGAUCAGGAGCAGCUAGGAAACGGAGGUCAGCAAAGUCCCCAAAUGUCAACUGUUAGCUCACUUACUGGAUUUAGUAGUGCAAGCUCCUUCACUAAUUUACACCGAGGUGCAUGGUGCACACCCCCACGCCUGUUACUUGAAGAUCAGUUUGAUGUGGUGCCCCCAGACACGGUUUCUGUUAGUUCACUGGGAAAGAAGACAGUGAGAGAAGAUCCGUUAAAGAAAAAGAAUCCCGGGACAGUAAAAAUUAGUCCUUGGGCAUUGGCACGCUUAAACGCAGAAGAAAUUUCCAAGGCUGCUGCAGAAGCAAGAAGAAAGUCCAAAGUUCUGCAGCCUGUAACAAGACAGGAAUCAGAAAGCAGUUUUGGUAGCAGUGGCCGAAGAAUGCUUCCCAGAAUCGAGAACAAUAAGAAGCGGGCUGGUAAGCGGGUUCAUCUUCUUGCCGACAUGUCUUUGGAGUCUCUCACAAAAGAUUCUGCCAGUAAUGUCGAUAAAGGUUUGAGUGGGAUAUCUAGAUUUGCCCCACUACCGUUUGAAGGGCGCAGUGCAUUUCAAACAGGUAAAGGGAUUUCGAGCUCAGCUGGGAUUGUUCCUUCAUCACCUGAAAGCAGUUUAGACUCUCCUGAUAUUCGCCCUUUUGGGGUGUCCUCUUCGGGUGUUGAUAAAGCAAGAAAGCUUGCAGGCUCUUCAGCUGCUGAUGCUGCUGCAACUCUGAAGGAAAUUCCUGUGUCAAGUUCAACUAGUGAUGGAUAUGAGGCUUCUGGUGGGGAAGACAGUGAUCGGGUUGUUCCAAGCAGGAUUGUUCAGAGAUCUACAGAUUGGAGUAAUGUUCUUUUCAGAGCUCAUAUGGAUGAAAGUUCUUUGGAAAAGCCUGAAUCGUCAUCCAGUGUUGUUGGUCACAGUAGAAAAUUGUGACCAACUGUUGGUCAUAUCCAGUGUCAAUUAGAUAGCUAUAUUUCUGAACAUUUUAUUAGAAAUGUUCAAUCUUUGACGGGUGAGCAAUAGGUUCUUAAACAUUUAAGAUAAUACUCGCAAAUUUUGGACCUUUUAAGCAUGUGGGAACCAAUGUACAAAGUUUCAUGUUGAUAGUAACUGGUCAGUUGUAGCUGUUGGUGAAGUGUGGUCGGUCUGUGUAGAAUGCCGCUAUUUCUAUCAUGAGAAGUACAAGUUACUGAAUUUGGGAAGAGAAUUAUUGUCUACACCUCCAAACUCCAAAAUGUUACAAUUGUUUCUUUAGGUUGUA